AUGUCUGCUGGAAUAUUCAUUGGCACUAUUAUAUUUAUAGGUAUUGGAAUUGGAGUAACUGUUUGGCUCAAAGGAGUUGUUACUAAGGCAACUAAAAAUUUAAGUGAUUUGAAUGAUAAUUUAUUGUAAUACAUCAAUAUUAAAGAUAGGCUAAUGUAUGUUUCAGUUAUUUCUGGUACCAUUCAAUUUUGGCUCCUAUGGUUUUGUAUGUAUAUGCAUUAACUCAAUCCGAUAAUAACGCCUGUAAGAGGACAUGAAUGA